GGAGCCGUCGCGAGGCUGUGGGGCCGCCGCCGCCGCCUAUGGAGCCCAACGGGACGGCGGCGGCGGGGGACAACGGGACGGCGGGCGGUGGCGGCCCCCCCGAGGGCGGCCCUCUGCUCAUCCCGUCGGACUUCGGGACGGUGCUGUCGGUGAUGUACGUGGCCGGGGUGGCGGGCAACGUGUACACGCUGGUGGUGAUGUGCCACUCGGCGCGCUGCGCCGCCCCCAUGUACAGCUCCAUCGUCAGCCUGGCCCUGGCCGACCUGCUCUACCUCUCCACCAUCCCCUUCAUCGUCUGCACCUACCUGGCCCAGGACUGGUACUUUGGAGACCUGGGGUGCCGCAUCCUGCUCAGCCUGGACCUGCUCACCAUGCACGCCAGCAUCUUCACCCUCACCUUGAUGUGCACCGAGCGCUACCUGGCCGUCACGCGGCCCCUGGACACCCUGAAGCGCUCACGCGGAUACAGGAAGGUGACGGCGGGCGCCGUCUGGUCGGUGUCGCUGCUCCUCACUCUGCCCAUGAUGCUGAUGGUCACCCUGACCGAGGGGAGCAAGGCGGAGGGCAAGGUGAAGAGGAUGUGCGCGCCCACCUGGAGCAUGGACGCCUACCGGACCUACCUGACGGUGCUGUUCAGCACCAGCAUCAUGGCCCCCGGCAUCAUCAUCGGCUUCCUCUACACGCGCCUGGCCAGGACCUACCUGGAGUCCCAGCGGAACCCGCCCCACAAGGAGAAGAGCAAGAGGUCCCCGCGGCAGAAGGUCCUCAUCAUGAUUUUCAGCAUCGUGCUGGUCUUCUGGGCGUGCUUCCUGCCUUUUUGGAUCUGGCAGCUGGUGCGACUCUACAGCAGCCCCCUGCAGCUCACUACCCAAACCCAAAAGUGCAUUAACUACCUGGUGACCUGCCUGACCUACAGCAACAGCUGCAUCAACCCCUUCCUCUACACCCUGCUCACCAAAAACUACCGGGAGUACCUGCGCAACCGGCACCGCAACUUCUACAGGUUCACCUCCUCCUUUCGCAAGAGGGGCUCCAACCUGCAGUGCUCCUGGGGACGCUCCAUGUCCUCCAGCAACCAGUACGACUACAGCUCGGAGGCCCUGGGCAUGGCCACGCUGAAGGACAAGUGAGGAAGAGGAGGCUCUCAGCAGACAUCAGGACCAGAAGAGCGUCUGGCCGAGGUAGGGCUUUGGGCACCCUUUGCCCUACAGGGUCCUCACACCUCCUGUCUGCUGGUCACUGUAAGCAGCUGUGUGUGCUGGAAUACAGUGAGAUGUUUUUUUGAUUUUUUCUGGCUUGGGGCUGUCCGGGGAGUCCUGCCAGCAGCUGGGGUGGGCGAAUCCCUCUGGUUUGGGUAAGGACAGUGAGGUGGAUACUUUCUUCAGAAAACUCCUUUCAAGCUGUGCUCUGUGUGGUUCCUCCUGCGCGAUUCCUCUGCUGUCCUCAGGCUACAGAAAAGGUCUGGAAUUGUCCUGUCCAACUUAAUUUAGCUGCAAGCCCUGGGUUUGCCCUGUAUAUCCCUGUUAUGUGUUCCAAGUGUGCCUAAGGAGACCCUUAAGCCCCUUUUUCUAUUUCCUGUCACAUUAUGGUGCACUACAGCUCAGGAUUAAAGCAACUCUUUUAAAAUUCACUGUAGCAGCACUGCAAACUCUAAACAUUCAGAAACCACAGGGUUAUCUACACAGACUUGUAAUAUUUCAGGUGUUCUAUCCAAGAUUAUUUUAAUUUCCCACUGUUUGGGGGGUUUUGUUUUUGUUUUUGUUUUUUUGACUCAGACCCUUUCUCUGCAGACAACAGUUUGAAAAAUCUGAAAAUUUACUUUGGAAGGGAAAACAGGAAUUGUUAUAAUGCCAUCACUCAAAGACCUGAGGCUCCAAAAUAACUGAAACUUGUAUCCUGAGACUCACAGAAGGAACCCAUAGAUUCAUGACAUUUCCUCACAAGCAUUUUGCCUCCAUGUAUUUUGCUCAUUCUCUUCCCACGUUGCAUCUAGUGCAAAACUUCCUCCACAGAUGUUAGAAAUGCCUGUAAACUGUAACACGUCUGUUCAUAACACAAAGUAUGGACCUCCACCAGGUGCCCCCUCCCAGUCCAGAGGGACGCAUUUACCAGGGGAAAAAAAUAAUCCCCUCAGGGCAAGUAUAGGAUGAAGACCAGGGAAACACAUUUCUGUGCCAGCAAUCAGGCAUUCUUCACACCGGUGCAGGUUUGGGGGUGCUUUUGGGGAGGGGGAAUAAGUAACUGAUCUUAGCAUUGCCAUAUAUUACUUCUAACCACAGGAACUUUGUUUGAACCACUGGCGACCACUUUGCUGCUCUCCAGGCUGGGUGGUAGGAGUGAACCUGAUGGUGCCAACUCCCUUAGCAACAAGGGGCACUGGAGCACAGUUCUUGCUGGGAAUUGGUAGGGUAGAACAGCCUUCACCACUUGAAAAGAACAACUCUUCAGGAACUAAUUCAUUUCUAAUUAUUAUUCAUUCUGAAGCCAUUGUUCCUUUCCCUUUCCUUCCUAUUUCUGAGGCUGGAAGUCACUGCCCUGUAAGAGCAACAGAGAUAAGCCCUGGUCUACAGGGAGGUGUCCCUGCCUGUAGCAGGAAGGUUGGAACUAGAUGAUCUCAAAGGUCCCUUCCAACCCAAACCAUUCCAUGAUUCUGUGAUUCUACGAUUCUAAACCUUAGCAUAGCCCAGGCUGGAUGUGGGUCUGGGCAGCCUGGUCUGGUGGUUGGAACCCUGCACAUAGCAGGGGGGUUGAAACUAGAUGAGCAUCGUGGUCCUUUUCAACCCAGGCCAUUCUGUGAUUCUUUGAUUCUACGAUUCUAUGAUAAGGGCAGAAGGUUGGAACACACGUGUCAUCCCCAAGACAUGCUGUGCUGUGCUGUGAUGCCCUCUGAGCAUAAGAAAA